CCUAGAUACAUAGAGUCCAACUUUACAGUACAUGCUUCAUUUUUUUUUCGUGUUGGAUAAUAGUCUCUGUCAAAGUCAUCAUGUUAGACCUUUUGUCCUCUGUUGAGAUUUUACCAACCAAGAGUCAUGGCCCGUCACCGUCGCCAGCAGUGAGCUUGCCUUCUGUGUCUAGCCCAGAGCACGCAGGAUCUCGUUCUAUAGAAAACGUGCAAUUAGUACCAGAAAGUCCUAUACCUGCACCGUUCGACAUAGAAGAUGGAGGGCCGAAACAAGGGCGCAUUGUUGUCAUAAUCGCAGUUCUCACAGGCGUCAACUUCUUGAGUAGUUUGACCAACGGAUUUAUCACGAUUGGUCUCCCACGAAUAUCAUCUGAACUCUCCCUUCCAGAACAUCUAAUGGUCUGGCCAUCCGCGGUAUACUACUUAACGAGCAGUACCUGCCUUCUCCUUGCAGGCUCCAUCGCAGAUGUCGUUGGACCUAGGCGCAUCAAUCUAGCAGGCUGCUUGCUUACUGGAAUCUUUAUCAUUGCAUGUGGUCUUGCCCGGACUGGUAUUGAGUUCAUUAUGUUUCGUGCGAUGCAGGGCAUUGCUCUUUCACUCUGUCUGCCCACGUCCGUUGCUAUUGUUGCAAAGGUGGCACCUAGUGGCCGGAAGCGUAACAUUGGCUUCUCGUGUUUAGGGUUCGUCCAGCCGAUUGGCUUUUCCCUCGGUCUGGUACUCGAAGGUGCGGUCUUAGACAUAAUGGGCUGGCGUUUCUUAUACUACUUAAGUGGCGGCCUCUCCCUGGCGCUCUUCAUAACCAGUUUAUGGAUUUUGCCGCGCGAUGCAAUGAUUAUUGGAUCUGUGUUUACCAAACUCAAGAGGGAGAUCGACUGGCUUGGGGCAUUAAUGGCAUCGACAUGUCUAGUGCUCUUCUCUUAUAUCCUCGCGACACUAACGGGUGCCGUCUCCAAUAUCCGCCAACCUACAAAUAUUGUCCUAUUGCUAAUUAGCAUUGGUCUCGUCCCAGCUUUCAUCUUUUGGGAAGCUCGCCGUGAACGCCUCAACCUCCCAGCCCUUAUCCCGAACUCGCUAUGGAAAAAUACGGUUUUUACGAGCGUCUGCCUCACAGUCUUGUUCUCGAAUGCUCUCGCCAACUCAAUGGAAGUCUUCUGUUCGCUCUUCUUCCAAGAAAUCCAACACACAUCUGCCCUCGGAGCGUCUUUGCGCAUUUUGCCCUCUCUAAUAGUUGGUUUUAUCACUCAACUCUCAACCGGCAUCCUCAUCCACCGCUUAAGCCCAUAUCACAUCAUUUUACUCGCCCUGAUCCUUAGCGCCGGCUCCCCACUCCUCAUGGCGGUCACAUCUGCACAGUGGCCUUACUGGUAUGCGGCCUUCUUCGCGCAGCUCCUCGCGCCGCUGUCCUGUGCCAUAAUGUUUACCAUCGGCCUUCUGGCUGUAUCGGAGGGGUUUCCAGCGCACACGCAAGCACUUGCCGGUGCCGUGUUUAGCACCGUCGCGCAGUUUGGAGCCAGUCUUGGACUUACAUUGCUAGCGAUGGUUGCUACUUCGGUGACAAAUAGCAAGGGAGAUCAGGGGAAAGGUAGGGAGGAGGACCUGUUAGCUGGAUAUCGAGCCAGCUUCUGGGCGGCAUUUGCGUAUAUGGGACUUGCGUGUGUAAUAGGAGUAUUUGGACUAAGGCGGAUGGGAAGAGUCGGAGUGAAAAAAGACUAAUUACCUUUAUGCCAUUUUCUUAGCGUUUUGUUUCUUGUUCAAUUUUAUAUUUCUCAUCUUAGCUUUUCGUUUCUACUACUACUGUUAUAUGCUUUUUGGUUUUUGGUUUUAAUAUAUAUUUUUGUCUUAGCUUUUCGUUUUUAUCUAGCUCAGCC